AUGACAGUGGAUAGUAAGAUUGUUAACUUCCAUAUUCUCAAAAACAAGAAGCCUGCGAAGGAUAAAAUUAAAACCUGGGCUCAAGUAACUGAUUUGAAAAAAAAAAAGGCUUUUAAAGAACAAGGAUUAAAUAAGUCUCUUCAUUUUGAAGGAAUUUUGGAGACUGAUGGAAAUGGUGUUUCUAUUCUAAAGCAAAAUACUGCUACAACUAGGAAGAAAAAGCUAACAGAAGAUAGCCCUGGAACUUCAAAAAAGGAAGGUGGAACAAGAAGUGACAAUGAUGCCCACGCGAAUGGAAGAUGCGUUUUGAUUGAUCCUGAAAGACGUGAUAUUUUAUACUGUAUGAAAGAAACCAGUGUGGUCAAGCACAAGGAAGUUCUUGUUUUUACAAAAAAUGACAGAUCAAGAAGAUCAAGACACUUUAGAACUUUACAAAAGUCAACUAAACCAUCCAUGGUUGAAUCCGCUGAAGCUCUUCUUUCCAAAACACCGUCAUCCACUGUAGAUGUAUUCAAAUUUGUAGAUUACAUUAAGACAAGAUCAUCGGUGAAAAAAGUAUUAAACCAAUACUAUGGAAAUGAAACAAAAUCAUCCAAAGAUCUUUACUUCCCCGGCUCCCUGUUUGACUUUUUUUUGCCAUUCCGAAAGCUGAAGUGUUCAUCCAAAAUUUUCUGUGAUCAAAAUGACCAGAUGUUAGUGAAGAGGUUGAAAAAGAAGUUUGGUCAUGAUGCAAUUCUUGUUAUUGGUAAUUGGUCGGCUUCAAACUCAAAAUAUCACGAGCCAACCAGGAACAAAGAUCUCAUUCGAAUGCUGAAGAAAAACGGCUUCCAAGUAUUUAAUAUUGACGAAUAUAAAACUUCUUCAUGCUGCCCAACCUGUGAAAGUUCAUUAGAAACGUUUAAAACAGUCGCCAACCCUCGCCUCCAUAAGAGAGCAGCCAAAAUGCCAACUGAAAUUCCACGAAAGCUGUGGAAUCGAGAUGUGGCAGCUGUUUUAAACUUUCGAAAGGUCUUGAUGAGCUUGAGAGAGACAGGUAAAUGCCCUGAUGUUUUUAGCAGAAAAGAAGCAUCAAAACCAGAGUGA